AUGAUGUGGCAUGCUGUAGCGGACCAAGACGAAGAAGUCAAGACAAAGAGUGAAGACGGGGAUGCUAAGAUGGCAGGCGAUGGGCAAAAGGCGGGAAGACCAAAGCGUGACAGGAUACCGACAAUCUUUUCAAUGUUCCGGCAACACCAACUCUUCGCCAAGCUCAGUAAGUGCACCUUUGAAUGCUCGCGCAUUGCAUAUCUCGGUCAUACCAUUUCUGGCGAGGGAGUAACUAUAGAUUCGGAGAAAGUCCAAGCUAUCCAGCAGUGGCCCUUACCCACAUCAGUCCGCAGUCUUCGGGGAUUUCUCGGCCUCACGGGCUAUUACAGACGCUUUGUGCAGGGUUAUGCAACCAUGGCUGCACCGUUGACUGACCUAUUGAGAAAAAAUGCUUUUGUCUGGUCAAAGGAAGCAGCAAACGCCUUUCAAUCAUUAAAGAUUGCUCUCACGACAACUCCUGUUCUUUGA